AUGGGUGGCGCAGGCCGGGAGUGCCAAUUUGCGCGGCAGAGUGUCAAUUCUCGGCCAUACGCGAGCCCCUCGUCGUUGAUCAGCCUCCGCCCGCGGCGAGGAGAGCCCGUUCCGGUGCAAUGGCACGCGAGGCACUCAUCAGACUCAGCUCCUCGGGAGAGUUGAGCCGAAAAUCAGCUCAGCAUCGAGCCGCGCCUUCGCCGUCGAUGCGCAGAGGCGUCGGCACCGGAACGAGGAGAGGAAGCUCUAGUGCCGUGGCGUGCAUGGCGCUGCUGCGAGCUCGAGGCUGGAUGCAGCACCCAGCACGGGCAUCCGGAGCGCGCGGGCUGGCGGAGUCACGAGCGGCGGCACGGCGGGGGCGGCCCGCCCUGAUCGACCGUCCGUCCAUUCGUUCCUCCUCUGCGGCUCGCUCACAGCACCAGCUCGCAGGCUCGUUCCGCCGCGCCAGGCUCAUGCCUCGAUCUGGACGCAAACCCCUCCUCGCGCCGGGGCGCAGCAAUGCGAGGGCGAAAGGGCCGUGCUGAAUGCAUGGCUCAUGCAGGGGAGUAGCCGAGGCUGACUGGCCGGCCCGCGGGCGGUGCUCUUUGCGGUGCAGGCCGCGGCAGAGGGGCAAGCGCGAGGGCGAGCGAGGUCGCUCAUGUGCAUGCUCCCUGUGCUUG